CAAAUACACUGACACUUGCGUGUGUGUUGAAAUAGAAAGUGAGGGAGCAAGGAGGAAGAGAGAGGGAGAGAGGGAGAGAGAGAGAGAGAGUGGUGGGGCGAGCGUGCGCAUAUGCUCGCUCGUGCGUGUGCGCGCGUGCGUGUGUAGCUACACUACAGCGGAGACGGAGGAGAAGGGGGAAAAAGGGAAUAAGAAAAUUUGAGGUAGCCGCCAUAUGCUGAGGAUUUGGUGAAUGUUUCGUUGAAGGGGGUUGUUCGUUUGGACCUUACACGAUGGGGAGCUCACACUUGCUGAACAAAGGCUUGCCUUUAGGCAUCCGGCCUCCUAUAAUGAACGGGCCCAUGCACCCUCGUCCUCUGGUGGCGCUGCUGGACGGCCGGGACUGCACGGUGGAGAUGCCCAUCUUGAAAGACGUGGCCACCGUGGCGUUUUGCGAUGCUCAGUCCACCCAGGAGAUCCACGAGAAGGUACUGAACGAGGCUGUUGGGGCUCUCAUGUACCACACCAUCACACUCAUGCGCGAGGACCUAGAGAAAUUCAAAGCACUUCGAAUCAUCGUCCGCAUCGGCAGCGGUUUUGACAAUAUCGACAUCAAAUCAGCUGGAGAAUUGGGCAUAGCUGUGUGUAACAUGCCCUCAGCCUCAGUGGAAGAGACGGCCGAUUCGACACUGUGUCACAUCCUCAAUCUCUACAGACGCACUACCUGGCUGCACCAGGCUCUCCGUGAGGGCACGCGGGUCCAGAGCGUGGAGCAAAUCCGUGAGGUUGCGUCUGGAGCCGCCCGCAUCCGAGGGGAAACUCUGGGGAUCAUCGGCCUCGGGCGUGUCGGCCAGGCUGUAGCACUGAGAGCUAAAGCGUUUGGCUUUAACGUGAUCUUCUACGACCCGUACCUGUCUGACGGCAUGGAGCGAGCGCUGGGACUGCAGAGAGUAAACACACUACAGGACCUAUUGUUCCACUCCGACUGCGUCACACUCCACUGCAGCCUGAACGAACACAACCACCACCUCAUCAACGACUUCACUAUCAAACAGAUGCGUCAGGGUGCGUUCCUGGUGAACACUGCGCGAGGGGGGCUGGUGGAUGAGAAAGCUCUGGCUCAGGCACUGAAAGAGGGAAGAAUACGCGGCGCAGCUCUCGACGUCCACGAGACGGAGCCCUUCAGUUUCAGCCAGGGCCCUCUGAAAGAUGCCCCUAAUCUGAUCUGCACUCCUCACGCUGCCUGGUACAGCGAGCAGGCCUCCAUCGAGAUGAGAGAGGAAGCAGCUCGGGAGAUCCGCAGGGCCAUUACCGGUCGUAUUCCGGACAGCCUGAAGAACUGUGUGAAUAAGGAGUUUCUCACACAGACCACACACUGGGCAGGCAUGGACCCCGCCAUCCACCCAGAGCUCAACGGAGCCUACAGGUACCCUGCAGGUGUGGUGAGCCUGGCAUCCGGCGGUCUCCCGCCACCAGUGGAGGGAAUUGUGCCGAGUGCCGUGCCGAUGAGCCACAGCCUUCCCCCUGUAGCACACCCGCCCCAUGCGCCAUCUCCAGGCCAGACGGGCAAAGCCGAGCCCGACCGAGAGCAGCACCCCAACGAGCAGUUGUAGCCACACACUUCUGAUCUAGAGUUUUCCAUACCACUAGAGAACUCUCCUGGUCCUUCUUUACCCCAAAGAAGAGGAGCGCCACAGGCUCGAAACCAGCCAAGAAAAACCCCCACAAAAACACAAAACACAACAAACCGUGACUGUCUGAAGUAGCCGACCGUUUGAACUGAAGGUGGUGGAUUGUGUUCGCUCUCGCAUUCUCUUUUUUAAAAAUAUUUUUUAAUUAUUGUUAUUUUUUAUUUUGGUGUGGAAACAUAAAAAGAAAAUCUCGUGGAUUUGGAACAAAAAAACAAAACAAAAAAAGUAAGUAACUCCCUAAAACAAACCCUGCUGGUUUAGCUCGUAGUCCGUCUAAGUGCAGUGGGCGAGUUUUAUUUUCGUUUUCUUCCUGUUUCUUUUGUGCCCGAUGGGUUUCAUUGUUAAAAACAGCCGUAGUUCUGAAUGUGACCUGUUUGUGUACAGUUUUUAGGAUAUGAUCAGUGGUUUGUAGAAAAGAAAAAAGGAAAACACCAUAAAGGGAGGUAACCCAUCUACUAAUAGAUCAGUUUUUCUAUUAUUAUCAUUGUUUUAUUAUUAUUAUUAUUAUUAUUAUUUUUUUUUUUUUGGUAUGAUUUUAAACAUAGCCCCGAAAGAGGCCUGUUUUGCACACCCUCUCAGGAAGAUUAUUUUCCCCCUUCCCUCCCGCCCUCCCUUUGGAAUUAAACCACAUAAUGCAUCGUUUUUAUUUUUUAUUAUUAUUAUUUUUUUCUGUAUCUAUGUGUCUUUUGUAGUCUAACUUAGGACAGUACUUUCAAAAAGUAUAUUCAGUGUUUGUUUAUUUUUAUUUUUUAAAUUUUCUGUUUGUUAACUUAGCAUGUACUACCUUACGUGUUAAAGGUAAAAAAAAAAAAAAAAAAUCUGUCCUGUUUUGACGGAAAAGAAAAAAAAAAACCCAGUUUGUCUUGUGAAAAGCUGGCGUCAUGUUUGCCUGUUUCUGUGUGACUUGACCGUACCGUGUUUUACGAGGCAGCUCCGAGCUGCUGGGGUAGUUGCAGAGCUCCAUUGCCUACAUAGUUUCCUUCCUGGUUAAAGUGGUAGGCUAGCAAUAUACAUACUAUAUAUAUACUAUGAGAUAUCAUUAUUUUUUUGUUAAACAGAAUUAAAAAAAACAACAAAAAAAAAAAACCCCAGCAACAACAAAAUGUUUGUGACUGUAUGCAUUUGUAUGAAUUAUUUUAAAUGAAAUAAAAGUCCAAAUUUAAUGA